AUGUCGUUUUCAACCCCAUAUACACGCUCUCACCCAUAUUCUAUCUUCACCCACUCGGUGGGCGCGAACCUCGCCGGGCAUUCUCUGCUCUCCAAGAUCCGCGCCAUCGCUCAAGCUGGCUUCGACGGCAUCGAGCUGUUUCAGGACGAUCUCGAUGCAUUUGCUGCGUCAUACGAAUUUUCGGCCAUCCAGAAGCGCGGUGAAGCCAUCACCUCUUCUGAGCCUUCCUUUUCGCUCCUUUCGACCCUCACACCACCUGAUUCGCCUUUGAACCUGGACAGGCGCUUCAGCGAUUCCUCCGCCGCCAGCAGCUCGUCGUCCAAGAGCACCAGCGCUACGUCGUACACAGCUGAUCCUGCGCCCUCGAGCAAGCCCUUUGCCGUUUGCCGUCUCGACGACGAUCUGCUGGUACGCAAUGACAAGGGCGAGCUGGUCAUCGGCCUGGACGGGCUGCCCAUGACGUACAAUGCAUGGGGUACAUGCACUGCGACAGCGUACAGGCAGGAACUAGCUGCCGCCUCAUACAUUGCUUCGUAUUGCGACUCGCUCGGCCUGCGUAUCUACAGCUUGCAGCCCUUGCGCGAUUUCGAGGGUUGGGCCAAGGCAGAGGAUCAGUUGCUGGCGCUGCGUCGCGCACGCUCUCGUUUCGAGGUGAUGCGCAUUCUUGGUGCUGACUUGCUCCUCAUUUGCUCCAACAACCAACAUGCUCCUACUACGGUAGGCGAUGUUGAGAGGAUUGGAAGCGACCUGGCUCAACUCGGUCAGUUCGCCGAGCACUUUGGACCCGUCUUCGCUCCUCAUGCUGACCACUCGAACGGAACGGUUGAGCGUCAAGCCAUUCCGAUCAAGAUCGGGUACGAGGCGCUGUCGUGGGGUGCACACGUCGACGUGUGGGCAAGAGCAUGGCAAGCUGUGCAGCAUGCUGAUCGCGACAAUGUCGGCCUUAUCCUCGACUCGUUCAACACGCUCGGCCGGGAGUAUGCUGAUCCCUGCACCAAGACCGGUAUCACCGAGGCGCACGCAGAUCCAUAUGCGGCAGUCCUGGAAUCGAUCAAUGACCUGGCCAAAGUGCCGGCUGACAAGAUCUUCUUCCUUCAGAUCGGCGACGCACGCAGGUUGCCAGAGCCGCUCAAGCCUUCGCCGAACGCAGAAGAACCCAGACCGUCGAGGAUGAUCUGGUCCCGAGGUAACCGCCUGUUCCCCUGCGAGUACGAGCGGGGUGCCUUCAUGCCGACGACCGAGUUUGUCCAAGCUGCGGUUAGGCACGCCGGCUACAAAGGUCCUUGGAGUAUCGAGGUGUUCAACAGCAGUCUGACCGAAGAAGGCGAACAAGUGCCGCUUGAACACGCAAUGCGAGCGAGGGCUGGUCUCGAUCGUCUCGUAGAGGAGGUGCACAAGUGA